GUCGUGGCCAACUCGCUUCUUCUGGCAAUGGCUACUAAUUGUGACCCUGAUUUGAUUUUACCUUUGUUGUACCUUUUCUCUCUUUCGACUUCCGAGUAGCUUUGACCAGUUUCUGUGUGAGACCAAGAGUUGUUCACUCCAAGGCCUGAUACCCUCCGUCGUUCCUUCAGAAGCUCAGUUUCUCCCAUUCAUCCUAUAUAUCACAGCCCUCGUUUUUUCUCUCGGACCUAUUCAUCGACCUUUAAUCAUGUUCUCGUUGCGACGGAAAGCGACCAGACCAAUUGAAACUCCCGGGAUACGUAUAUCACCCUCCCUUCCCGAGCUAAACCCUCAGGGAAUUCCAUGGCCGGAAAACUUGGUCGAUAUCAACAGCAUACGCGAUGACCAACCACCGGAAAGCCAAUCCCAUACUGGAGCAGCGAAGACAUCUUUCGGGAGAGAGGUCCAUUCGCCAAUACCCUUCCAUAAACCUUUCCGUUCACCAGGAAAACCAGCCGAAGGUGCACCCAUUUCGUCGUUGUAUAUGCACCCGCCGCCCUCCGCAUUCAAGACUUCUACAACGAAAUACAGCCAGCGUCGGGCCCGCCUGCCCCCCACUUUCAAUUUAAUGGUUGUCGGAGCGCAAGGGACGGGGAAGACCUCACUUCUUCGUCUUCUUUUGGAAACGGCUGAUAUUUCUCCCACCGCCACUGUCGACCAACGUGCUGCGGUUGACCAGGUCCUGAGGGGCCCCCCCAAGGCUACUCAAAGCAUCCAUACUGCUUGUGUCGAGAUAUGCGAGUCGAGGUUCGACCGUGUGUUAUUUUCGGUUAUCGACACGCCUGGGUUGGAUUUUGUCGAGGGGAAGGAGCUCAAGUUGGAGAGACAGGUUAGUGGGGUUUUGAAGUAUGUGGAUGCUCAGUAUGCGGAUACAAUGAGCGAGGAAUCCAAAGUGAUACGAAAAAACAAAGGAGAUCAACACGUCCACUUAUGCAUUUACAUGAUUGAUCCUUCUUCUCUCAUGACCCCUGCUGCGCGACGCGCGCAGCUGUCCCUGCCCACCAGAACGCGCUCAGAGGCGACCGUCUCCAAGUAUAAUCCCCCCGAUCUUGUACCGGAUACUUCCUCUGAUGAUUCUGACGACGACGAACAAGUUACUCUCACCAUGUCCCCUGCCGAAAUACGCGUCAUUCGUCGUCUUUCCGCUCGUAUCAAUGUUCUUCCAGUCAUCGCUCAUGCGGACUCACUCACUGAUGACAAGCUCGCAGCCGUGAAAGCGGCCAUUCACACUGGCCUUGUGGAUGCAGGUCUGGGAUUUGGAGUGUUCUCACCUAAAGACGAGCUAGAGACCCCAAAAUCGAGGCGGGUCGUGCAUACCAACAUUCAGACCGAAGCGAACGGUACCAGCAACGGGCAUGUCGCAACCGAGACUGGAGCGGAGGAAGAGGGUGAGCGGCAAUCGCGCCCCAUCAUCAAGCUCCGCUCCACCCAUCAUUCCAGCAACCCACGAGCCUUGUCACGUUCGCGCUCUCGUCGUCGUGACUUGUCUGUUGCCGCUGUCGACCAUCAUCGACCCGUUUCCCCCGACCUUGAGGACCAAGAUAGCGUUGCCAACGUCCGUUUUUCAGCAGCUGUCGUUGCCAAAUCCACAGUUGAUUUGGCUUCGCUCAUGCCAUUUGCUCUCAUCGCACCGGAGUCGACGAAGAACAGGCAUCGGAGCCAACUCUUGAACACGCUGUUGAACACCGCGCCUUCAUCUCCUGUUACUUCUUCGGACGAUGAGCAUGCUCCGUCAAUUGAUACAACGGUUUCCUCUAUUCCACAGACUCCCGCCUCUCUCUCUAGUACGCGCAAUCCGACCUUUCUCCAUGGACCCCCAGAGGAUUUGAAAGGUGUAUUCGUGAGGAGGUUCCGAUGGGGAACUGUUGACGUUUUGGAUCCAAAUCACUGUGAUUUCGCCGCUCUGAGAACGGCCGUGCUGUGUACCCACUUGAACGUUCUCAAGUCACAUACGAAGGAGGUCUUGUAUGAAAAGUACAGAACUGAAAAGCUUCUCGCUCGCAGGGCGACGCGUCAAAUUACAGACAGCGAGAGGGACAGGUUGCUGGAAGAGAUAGGAUUAUGAUCUCUCUUAUUUACAUUCGUUGCUUCAUCUUUUUUUUCAUCCAUACCCAUUUCUUCGGUUUUUUUCUUGUAUAAUAGUGAGCCAGUUCGGUUGGCUUCAUAGGAUUGCUUAGCAUUGGAUGGAAGGCUGGGCAUUCGACAUACCGUCAUUGAAUAUUCCUACUUGUUCUCCUAUGAAGUGUGGAAAGUAGCGGGAGUACUGAUCAAUGCGAGCACACUCCAAGUGACAGAGCAUAGCGGGGCAUGGAAAUAAAUAGCUCAAACUCAGAGUAUAAGCCGAAGUACAUGCAUAGAUAUUAAGGAUCGCGGGGAGAAAACUGGGGAAAAUUUUAUGUGGACAAUAACAG